UGAAACAAACAAUGGCUUAUAGGAAGAAAAUUUUCAUAUAAAAAGGAGCAACUAAAAGCCAUGUUUUGGGCGUAAAUCAUGGAGAAACUGAAUAUCUGAGCUAGACCGCAAUGUGAUUGAGUAGAGUGGGAAUGCGAGACAGGAUCUCCCGCAUGCACUCAUAGCUUCAAGCUUUUUGACCUUUGUUUUUACCAUGAAUAUCAAGUAUCUCUCUAUCUAUCUCUAUCUAUUGACCCAACCAGUUUUGGGCUAAAAUAUAUUGACCCAUUAGAAAAUGGGUCUAAGAUAUUUCUAUAUUGAAAUGGACCCAAGCCAAGUUCCACGACGGUUUUUGUUCUUUGGAUCAUAGCCUUCAUUGGUUUCACUUUCAUUUUUAUUCACUGAUAAAUUGCCAAAACAACCAUGUCAUUACAAAAUUACUCUGCAAAGUAAGGUCCAAACUUGCACUAGUUUUGACUUGGAAAGAAAACCCGAAGGAAGAAAGCAAAAGCAGCAUAGAGUAGAUCGCCAACUUCAACAAAUGAAAGCAUAAAAGAGAACUUUGUUUCAUUGUUUGUGACGACAACGUGUCUGUCAUCUCCGCCCUCAUGCGCUUUCAUUUCCCCUUAUAUUCUUCUUCCUCUUUCUCCCUCGUUUCUAACUUCACUUUCAUUUCUUCAUUGCCACUCAUCUUUUCUUCCUCCCAUUUCUCCACUUUCAUUUCAAUGGCUCCUGCUUUUGAACCUGUCUCUCCCCCACACCAAGAAGCUGAACCCCAAACUGCAACACCCCAUCACACUGACACUGUAAACAAUUUUGGGAAUGAUGGUCAAGUUGUUGGCUCUAAAUCAAAGGUCACUGUUGUUGGUAGUGGUAAUUGGGGUAGUGUUGCUGCUAAGCUCAUUGCUUCUAACACUCUCAAGCUCAACUCUUUUCAUGAUGAAGUGAGGAUGUGGGUAUUUGAGGAGACAUUGCAAACGGGUGAGAAGCUUACAGAUGUCAUUAACAAAACUAAUGAAAAUGUUAAAUACCUUCCUGGUAUUAAGCUCGGCAAAAAUGUCAUUGCGGAUCCAGACCUCGAUAAUGCAGUAAAAGAUGCAAACAUGUUGGUCUUUGUGACCCCUCAUCAAUUUAUGGAGGGUAUAUGCAAGAGGCUUGUUGGUAAAGUAAGGGGAGAUGUUGAGGCUAUUUCUCUUAUUAAAGGGAUGGAGGUCAAAAUGGAAGGCCCUUGUAUGAUCUCCAAUCUUAUAUCCGAGCAGCUCGGCAUCAAUUGUUCUGUUCUAAUGGGGGCAAAUAUCGCAAAUGAGAUCGCUGUGGAGAAAUUCAGUGAAGCAACGGUUGGAUUUCGAGACAAUCGAGAGAUUGCGGAGCAAUGGGUUAAAUUAUUCAGUACCCCUUAUUUCAUGGUCACUCCCGUCCAGGAUGUGGAAGGGGUUGAACUAUGUGGAACUUUGAAGAACGUUGUAGCCAUUGCAGCUGGUUUCGUGGAUGGACUUGACAUGGGAAAUAACACAAAGGCUGCGAUAAUGCGAAUUGGUCUAAGAGAGAUGAGAGCUUUCUCCAAACUGUUAUUUUCAUCUGUUAGGGAUAGUACCUUCUUUGAAAGCUGCGGAGUUGCUGAUGUCAUCACAACAUGCUUGGGGGGAAGAAACCGAAAAGUUGCAGAGGCAUUUGCUAGGAAUGGAGGAAAAAGAUCUUUUGAUGACCUAGAAGCUGAGAUGUUGCAGGGCCAGAAAUUACAGGGUGUAUCCACGGCAAGAGAAGUCUAUGAAGUUUUAAGCCAUCGCGGAUGGCUAGAGUUGUUUCCUCUAUUUGCAACAGUGCAUGAAAUCUGUGUUGGUCGACUUCCACCAUCAGCCAUUGUCGGAUACAGCGAGAAGAAACCAAGGUUAUCCCUCUUAGAGGACCCCGCCUGUUACCAAUGACUUGUAGUAGAAGAUCUUACAUUUCAGUUCGUAGAAGUUGCUUUCUUCAUUUACUCAUCAGUCAGCAAGUAUAAAAGAGAAGGCUCGAACAAAGACUGCAAAAAUGUCUUGCCAAUGGCAACAACAUGUUGAGUGUUGAAUUUGAAGAUGAUAGGAAAGUUUCUUACCACUAGAAGGUUGUUUUUUUUUUUUGCCGGGGGGGGGGUGUUACUUUCUUAAAUCAAGGUUCCAAACUAUAUUUUUCUUUAGAUGUUUGAUGUCAUGUAGGCUGCAUAAUAAUGAAUGAGUGAUUGUUGAAGUACUUGAGCAAAAUGUAUAGGUCACUAUGAAAAAUAUUGGAUAACCUUCACACAUCCUUGGCAAGGAUGUGCAAAUCAAAUGAAAUGUUUAUUUACAUUAA